AUGCAGAAGGCUCUGUGUGCAGCCCUAGACCUGGGCGCCUUUGUCACCGUCCUCGCCCCACCUCCAAGUAUGCAGAGAGGGGGCAGGCCUCCUGUGUUGUGGCCCAAGCAGGGCUGUCAGGACACUGAGAACAUUUCCUCCUCCCACAGGAGACAGAGGUCCAAGGUGCCCUACAUCGUACGCCAGUGCAUGGAGGAGAUCGAGCGCCGAGGCAUGGAGGAGGUGGGCAUCUACCGCGUGUCCGGAGUGGCCACGGACAUCCAGGCACUGAAGGCAGCCUUCGACGUCAGUAAUAAGGACGUGUCGGUGAUGACGAGCGAGAUGGACGUGAAUGGCAUCGUAGGCACGCUGAAGCUGUAUUUCCGUGAGCUGUCCGAGCCCCUCUUCACUGACGAGUUCUACCCUAACUUCACCGAGGGCAUCGCUCUUUCAGACCCAGUUGCAAAGGACAGCUGCAUGCUCAACCUGCUGCUGUCCCUGCCGGAGGCCAACCUGCUCACCUUCCUUUUCCUUCUGGACCACCUGAAAAGUAUGGCAGAGAAGGAGGCAGUCAAUAAGAUGUCCCUGUACAACCUCACCGCUGUCUUUGGCCCCACACUGCUCCAUCCCUCCAAGAAGGAGAGCAAGCUCCCUGCCAAUCCAAGCCAGCCCAUCAUCAUGACUGACAGCUGGUCCUUGGAGAUCAUGUCCCAGGUCCAGGUGCUGCUGUACUUCCUGCAGCUGGAGGCCAUCCCUGCCCCGGACAGCAAGAGACAGAGCAUCCCCCUCUCCACUGAAGAGGAAAGGAUGCAGCUGCCCAGAGGGAAGCAGGAUCGAAUUCAAGAGAGUGUGUGGGGUCCCUGGAUGACACCAGCACCCAGUGUGGCUCUGUCUGGCGACCGCUCCCAAGGUGGAAGCAGUGGGUUUCCCCUGUGUGUCAAUGGGCAGCUCCUGCUGAGCCUGCAGCUCAUCGGCGAGGCUGACAGCGGGGCUGUGCACCUGACACUUCUCUCUGCUUGUGGACCUGAGCAGCUGCCAGAAGACAGGGAGCGGGAUCGGGUUGGGGGUCACUUCCGGGUGGGGGGAGAACAGUCAGACCCGGGGCAGGGGUGCUGGAGCCUGGUCGGCCUCACUGGAACAGAAGAGAGCUGCUUCGUGAUGCUCAGCUGA